UAAAGAUGAGGAAAUGAAAGCCGUAAACACUGGAGAGUUCUCUAUGGUAUUCUUAAUAAUAAUUGAAAAAAUAUGUCAAGGAAAUUAAAAAAAGAAGACUAUCAUCGACUGUACACCGUGACAGAUACAAGAACUCAUGAAAAGGGUUUUACGGAAUAUAAGGUGACAGCUCGGUUUGUGUCACAGAAAAAUCCUGAAGAUGUUAAAGAGAUUGUGGUGUGGAAAAGAUACUCUGACCUCAAGAAACUGCACAGUGAGCUCUCCUACACACACAGAAACUUAUUUAGAAGGUUAGAAGAAUUUCCUGCUUUCCCAAAAGCACAAGUAUUUGGUCGUUUUGAUGCAUCAGUAAUUGAGGAUCGCAGAAAAGCAUCCGAAACUAUGCUGCAGUUUACUGUAAACAUCCCAGCCCUUUACAACUCCCCACAGCUCAAAGAAUUUUUCAGGGGUGGAGAAGUCAGAAAACCUUUAGACUUGGCAUUUCCUUCAGUUUCAGCUCUGCCUCCCCCUUUAAUUCCGCUUCCGCAGAGUAAUGGAGAGAACAAGCCAGAAACUGAAAUAUGUUCAGCUGUUGGCAUCUCAGAAUCACCCUUAGAAAAUGUUGAAGAAGGGACAGAAGCAUACAGUGAACCAGUUGAUAGCAUGGCACUUAUUGAAAAUUACCAUGAACAAGGAUAUUUGCCUUUGGAAGAUGAGGUUGACGGGGAUCACCUAAAAUCCCAGGAAUUUGAUUUGCUGUUUGAUUCUGGCAUGGAGGAGGCAGAAGACGAGAAGACAUCUUCAUCCUUUCUUUCUAAAAGUGACAUGGCUGCUUUUGAUCCAUGUGCCAUAGAAGGUCAGCCUGAUUUAAACGAACAGUAUGAAAAUGAGCUUUUGUCAUUAAAUAUCAACUCAGAGAGUACUGGUGCAUGCAGUUCCCUUGUAUCUGAUGACGUGAUCAGGGAUUUCUUUGACUCUGGCAGUGUUAGCAAUCUUUCAAAUCUACAGCUCCAACAACUCCAAGACAAUGAAGAGCAGACUGGCACUCCAGGCAUUGAGACAGUGCAGGAGGAGUAUGUUGAGCUGGCUGUUGAGAAAAUUACAAUAGCUAUGGAAAAAGAAUUGGCUCAUGAAUACAGCUCAGCUUUUAACUUAUACCAGAAAGGAGUGGACAUUCUUUUGAAAGGAAUGAAAGGAGACUCUGAUCCAUCUCGGAGGGAGGCAGUAAAGAAAAAAACAGCAGAAUAUCUGAAGCAUGCAGAAGCCAUCUUUCAGCAGCACCUUGCAGGCCCUUCUUGAGACCGCACCACAUGUUCCACUCAGGAUAAUGUUGCGGUCACCUGACUUAUUUUUUGACAACUAUGAAUUUACCUUAAGCUACACAAUAUGUGCUAAAAGGUCUAGGAGGCUAGAUUCACAAACUGCUUAUGUUCUAAGUCAACAGGUAUUCUGCUGGCUCAGGCAGAAGAAGUGAUAUUUAUUUUUUAGGUUAUGUUUAAUUUUUGUUUCAUAAAUUAUGUUUUGAAAAUAGUAAUUAAUGUAUUAAUACAUCAUCUAAACAAAGAUUUGUGUAAGAAUCAUUUUGAUUGAAAACUGCCUAAUGUAGGUCUUGAUGUAUAAUGAAUGUUUAAGAAUACCAGUCAGAAUGAAGAACACUAUUUAACUACUUUAAUCUUAAUCUACUGAAUUUGGUGAUCUUUUUCAACUUAAAAAUUGGUGAUUAAGCUAUAGCAUACAGGAAUCUUCAAAAUCUAAGAUUUUUGUCAAAUAGUAAGUGACCAAGAGCAGUUUCAUUUUUAACCAAUGAAAAGGAAGAUUUCAAAAAAAGCAAAUGAUGCUAACAUUUUUGUACCUAACCUAUGACAGAGACUACUAAAUCAUUUAUUGAGAGGGACUGGACAUUUGCAUGAUUGGGUCAGAAGAGCAUCAUGUGGAAAGUGUGCUUGUUUAAAAAAGUGUGAUGCUCAGUAAUGAAAUGCUAGCAGUUCUCAGUGUUGGUGUGAUUCCUUCAAAUGAAGAUUUUUACUGCUUUGUUUUAAAUCAGAAUGGUGGGCUUAUGUAUGAUGGGCACAUCUGCUUUUUAAAAUAUUCAUAUGAAGGUCACAGAGGAGCCAUUCCAGGAUAUCUUAUUUUGCAUCACUUCAUUUAAACUAAGAAUCCCAUAUUGGGUUCAUUUUUUGACAUUUCUUAUGUUUUUCCACUAUUUCUAUAUUUUGCAAAAUUUUUCCUGUUCUUUUGGUGCCAAAUGAAAUUAUACCAAUAGAGCCAAUAUUAAGCAUUUUAGUACAGACCCACAUUUGUAUUUAUUGGAAAAUUCCUUGAAAUUAAGCACAAAUGUAUUUUGUGGAAUUAGUUGAUUAUGAUAUCCUACCACCUCAGUUUUCAUAAGAUGUAUUUAAUUAUUUAUUUAUUUAUUUAUUUAUUUUUAAGGAUAAAGUUCAAAUUCUGGAAACCAGUAGUUGUUCCUGUUGUUUGUUUUGGCAUUUAAUACUAAAAAUGAUAGUCCUUAUUUUAAGGUACAAAACCCACAAUAUACUUGAAGUUCUUUUUUUUUUAAAGUUUGCAUAUUGUAAAAAAUAGUAUAACUGUGUUAGGAUUUGUCUAAAUGAAAACCAACACAUUUUUAUGUUAAUUUUUCUCAUAUUUUCGAUUUGAACAAAACCUUCAGUGAAGUUUAACAAACAAUUGUAUAGAAGUAUUUGAUUUGAAAAACUGUUUAGGAAUGAAUAUAUAUAUAUAUUUAUUAUUUGAAAUUUUGCAAAGGUAUAUAAAUUACUACCGUGAUAUUUUCUUUCUUCUGAAGAGUCACACCUGCUACUUUUUUGUUUGCAUUGAUAGAUUUUUAUUGCAUAAUUAGAAGUUUCAAGAUAAUAUAGAUCUUUAAUGUAAGAAAGACAUAUCUGUUUUGAGGUAAGGUAAGUUGUACUCCCUAAUUGUGUUGAAGGAGAGUGGCAACAUGUUGCAUGUAUGACUAGCACAAGCAAGUAAGAAUUUUACUAUACCUGUGCAUUUCACAAUAAUGACCCUACAAACCUAUACACUCAAAAGGGAAAGAUCAGGAAUUCAUAAACUCUUAGUUUCAGGUUGCUAUUUUGCUGUCUCAUCUUUUAAUUGCAUGUUAACUACUUCUCACACUAGACUUAGCCCUUUUACAGACACUUCCUCUACUGUAUAACUGUGUUUUCAGGGCAGGGGCUCACAUACAAUGAAAAAAGCCCUAUAUAUACUGUAUAGGGUGGAACAGUGGUGCAAUUGUAGUGCUGCUGCAUCUCAAUUGGCAUGUUUCCCUGUGUCUGUGUGGGUUUCCUCCAAGUGCUUCAGUUUGCUCCCACUGUCCAAAGACAUGAAGGUUAGGUGACUUGACGAUGCUAAAUUGGCCCUAGUGUGUGUUUGCUGUGUGGGUGAGUGUGUUGUUAACCCUGUGAUGGACUGGCACCUUGUCCAUGGUUUGAUCCUGCUUUGCACCCUGUGCUAGCUGGGAUAGGCUCCAGCACCCCACAUGACCUUGGUCUGGAUUAAGCAGGUUAGAAAUUGACAUAUAUACAAAGAGUAUAUAAAUAUAUAUAAUAUUUUGAAUGUUAUGGGCAAAUAUUUGCACAUGUAAAUCUCAUAAAAGAUACAGUCAUCCUGUACUCUUGCUCCUAUUUCCCUCAGUCACCAAACAUUUCAGCUAUUUCUUGGUUAUAUAAAAGAUGCUAUGGCUGACCUUCAGAAUAUGAAAGAUUAUAAAAAAAAAGUUUUUAAAUGUUGUGGCUCUUUCUUGUGGUAAAGUUUGUCUCUGAUUAUUUACUUAUAAAAAUAUCCUAUUCUUACAGUUCAUGUGUAAUAUUAGUGUCUAAUAGAUAGCAUCCAGUAUUCUUACUACAAGGUAAAAUAAUUUUAUAUAUAGUAUAAAUGGAAGCUGAAUGCAUGUGUAAGUAUGUAAAUACAGCAUAAAAAUUAGAUAUCAAUGUAUAACCAAUUAAAGCAUACUUUGAAAUGA